AUGGCCGAGGACCUGCCGACUCUUCGUCCCGUAGCGUGCGUCGGAGAAGAAUCCCGGUGCGAGCCAUGGCCACUUAUGCCAGAUGGUACCAAAUGGGACGGCAAAGACCUGCUUACCCUGGUGCGUGAUGGUAGGAGCCCUUUUGGUAACGUGUGGGACGUCGAGCUGUUGUUUCGUGAGGUUGAGGACCAUGCCCACGGUACAAUUAUCGACAUCCCAAAAGUCCACAACGGCGCAAACCACUACGGCUUUCAGAUAAAACUCUCCGACCAGCGAGAGGUGCUUGCGCGUCUGUCGAGGGCUGACAUGAACGUUCCGAACUACGAUGGCUACUCUGAGACUUGGCUCCACAAUCUUAUCGAGUUCGAGGCCGCUGUGUAUCAUCUUCUUGAAGACACCGUCGGCAUCCCGACCUCGCGCCUGAUCUACUUCCGCCACGCCAUACAGUCUAAAGGGCCAAACGAAGAGCUUCCAAAGGAUAGUAUCAGCGGCCGACGACUCAUGAUUUUCGAAAUGUCCAAGGACAACAAACCCCUUUGGCGGGUAUUGAGCAAGCAUCAGAAGAGUUCGCUCCUCACCCAGGCAGCCAAGAGUCGUGCAGCAUUGCUAAACAAGGAAUUGCCAACAACCUUUGUCGCCAACUGGAUCUUGUGGACCAGCUUUCAGCCCGUGGAAUGGAUGCCCAAGAUGUUCCCGCUCCCGCCUGCGGCAACCAGAGACUUCUGCAUCUCGAUGCUCAAGGCCAAGGUCGAAGCGCUGAUCGGAGACGUAGGCGACAGCAUCGGGUGGGCGGUGGACAAACAGACCGUGGGCCCACGGGCGUUCGCUGCGAAGCAGUCACUCCUACGCCUCAUACCCCUGAUUCUCCCGGCGGAAAGCGACAACGACGACGCGCUGUAUCGGUUGGUCCUCCAACACGAUGACUUCGGCAUCCACAACAUGUCGGUCUAUGUGGAUGAGCAGACGGGGGACCUCAUGCUCAACUCCGUGUAUGACUGGGAGACGGGCUGCAUUGUACCGGCCAUCUUGUCCGAGGUCGACUUCUUGAUUUAUGGGCGCGAUUUCAAGUUGUUCGUCGGUGAGAGGGGCAAGCCUUCAGUGUACACCCGCCCGGACGUGGAGCUGGAGCCGGAGCGGCGCGUUCAGGAUCAGGAACACGCCGUUGAGUUCGUGAAUGCGAUCUAUGAGUACGCACCUCACAUGAAGGAGAUACUGCGUGUUGGAAGCGACGCUCGUAAGCUGUGGUCCACUUUGAAACGGUGGCAAGGAGAUGACCCAGAAGAAUUCUUUGGCGAACUCGGAUUGUGGGCUGCGGCGAGGGUGAGUGACCUGGUUGCAGACACACUUCCCUCUGCAGCCAAUUCACCUAUUUCUGAGGACGGUACACUGGUCAAGCAUCCCGGAAGUAUGUAA